AUGGGGAAGGGAAGAGCUGAAUACUUAACCGUCUUGGCAAAGUCCAGAUAUAACACUGAAACUACCCCUAAAGUUAGUUCAAAUGAAAAUAGUUCACAAUGCGGCUCCUUCCAUUAUGCUAAGGCUUUUGGAGAUGAAGUUGACAAACCUCACGGCACCAAUUCUGUGUAUUGGCUCGCCUCUGUCACCAAUUUCAUCACUACUAUUGCUGUAAUGCAGUGCGUCGAGAAGGGACAGUUAGACUUAGAUGGUGAUAUAGCAAAAGUGUUACCAGAGUCCAAGGAUCCGCAGAUCUUGACGGGCUUCAAUGAAAAGAAUGAAGCUAUCUUCAAGCCCUCCACAAAGCCUGUCACCCUUCGGCAAGUGAUGCUCCUAGUUGAAGAAACACCAACUUUAGCCAAUCGAUCUAUCGUAGAGAAAUUUCCCCGCCAAUUUCUUGUGUUCGGACCCGGUGAGCGAUGGGUGUACUCCCUUGGCCUUGACUGGGCAGGCCUCGUUGAUGCCACCUUCCAUCCCGAACUGCGAGAAGAUCUGCAAGCUCGAAAGGCCAGAAACUGGGAGCGAGACAGCCAAAGCCUGAAAGAGCAGCUGAAGCCUGUUUACGCGGAGAAUACCUUGGACAAUUUUGGAGGAGGCGGUUCAUUUGCAACUGUGGAGGAUCUGCUCAAGAUCUACCAGAGCGUGCUGAUAGCGAAGCUACUACGACCCGAGACUGCUAAGGAGAUGUUCCAGCCUCAUCUGGAGAAUAUCAGGGGCCUCGAUAAACCAGAGGAGUACUCGUCGUCCACCCGAAAUGCUAUCUGGAAUACCGUUCCAGAUGACGUCCCUCUUAACUUUAGGAUUGGAGUUUGA